AUGAAAUAUACUUAUGGGAUAAAGUUCAGGGAGUUGUGCAAACCUGAUUCUCUGGAUGCUAAAAAGGUGAAAGGGAAGAUCUUGGUUUGUCUAAGGGGAAUCACUGACAGGGUCGACAAGGGCUGGCAAGCCGCCUUAGCUGGUGCUGUGGGAAUGGUUUUAGCAAACAAUGAGGCCUCUGGGAAUGAGAUCAUAGCAGAUGCUCAUUUCUUGCCAGCUACGCAUAUCAAUUACACAGAUGGACUUGCUCUCUUAUCUCAAAUGAAUAAAACAAGGUCUCCCAUGGCUCGUAUCACCAAAACAACAACUCUUUUGGACACAAAGCCAGCGCCAGAAAUGGCGGGUUUUUCAUCGCUAGGGCCAAAUCCCGUUAUGCCGGAAAUUCUCAAGUUUUCUUGUUCUCAGCCGGAUAUCACGGCACCAGGAGUUAGCAUCAUAGCAGCUUUCUCCAAAGUAAGUGGACCGACAGGUGAAGACUAUGACACGCGACAUGUGAAGUUCAAUGCCGAAUCAGGCACCUCAAUGUCCUGCCCACACGUUGCUGGGGUCGUCGGCCUCUUGAAGAAGCUCUACCCAAAAUGGAGCCCGUCUGCCAUUAAGUCCGCUAUCAUGACCACUGCAAGGACACUCGACAACACUUGGCACCCAAUCUCCAACAACAGCCACUCGAAAGCUACACCGUUCAAUUAUGGAGGGGGACACAUUGAUCCAAAUCGGGCAAUGGACCCUGGACUAGUUUAUGAUUUACGAAUAACUGAUUACCUCAACUUGUUAUGCACAUUCGGUUUUAACCAAACGCAGAUUAAGUUGUUAUGGGAUAAAGCAUACGCUUGUCCCAAGCAGAACAUUAGUCUUGUAGACUUCAACUACCCCUCGAUCACAGUUCCCAACCUCAAGGGCUCAGUUAUUAUGACUAGGAAGGUAAAAAAUGUAGGUUCUCCGGGUACUUACAAAGCCUUUGUUCAGAGCCCACCUGGAAUAUCAGUACAAAUCGAGCCGGAUGAGUUGGAAUUUAAGUCAGUUGGGGAGGAGAAAGGAUUUAACAUCAAAAUACAGCCUAAAAAACAUGGUUGUAGGAAAGAUUAUGUAUUUGGGAAGCUGACAUGGUCUGACGGUCAGCAUAACGUGACGAGUCCGAUUGUUGUUAAACAAAUAUAGAAGAAACACAACAUUUCUGGAGAUGAAGUCUAUCUAUUAGAUUUUCCUUUUUUUUCUUUUUCUUUUUAUGUUGGAUGAAUGAAUAUGUCAUGUGCACGAGGUUGCAUCUAACAAAGCAAAAAAAAUUAUUAUCACGUUGAAUGUUUGAUUUUGUUUUACUACUCGGACGAUGUAACAAAGUCAAUAAAUAAUUUAAUAUUAUGCAUUAAUCAUUUUCAAUAUCA